AAUGUUGCUAAGCAUGUAGAUCAACAAUGCGUGCUUUAUAAAUUGAGGCACUUAACAAAAAAAGAGAGUUGGGAGCUGUUUGAGAAGAAAACAUUUCCGAGAAGAAAUGAAGGAUUCACAUUAAACACAAAAAUGAUUGAGUUAGGAAAGGAAAUGGUCAAGCAUUGUGGUGGUGUUCCAUUGGCGAUUGUGGUAUUAGGAGGACUUUUGGCAACAAAAUACACACUGGAGGACUGGGAGAAGGUGAGUGAAAACAUUAGUUAUGACUUAGGUAAGGGCAAAGGCCGAGCAGGAGUCCCAAUAACAGAAAUUUUAGCCUUAAGCUACCAAGACUUGCCUUACCAUCUUAAGGCUUGUUUUUUGUAUUUGAGCCAUCUUCCUGAAGAUCAUGAUAUUCGUGCAAAAAAACUAAUUCAAAUGUGGAUGGCUGAAGGCAUUGUGUCGCCGUCAUCGAUACCAACACGAAUAGGAGAAGUAGGAGAGAAAACAAUGUUGGAUGUUGGAAUGAGUUACUUGGGUGAGUUAGUCCAGAGAUGCAUGGUUCAAGUCCAAUUAACAAGCUUUAGAAAAAGGAUUAAACUUUGUCGCCUCCACGAUCUCAUGAGAGACUUAUGCUUGUUGAAGGCCAAAGAGGAGAAUUUUCUAGAGAUUGUUCGCAUUAAAGCCUUUGGUCAUCAGCUUGCUUGGGCAGACUCUGCGCUGCCUUCUUCAUCAUCACCAUUAACAACAAUUCGCAGACUUGCCGUGUACUAUUUGGGUGACCAUGAUGCCAACUCUAUAAAAAGUGAAAAUGUUAUUCUCCUAUCUGGACAUGAAAUGAAGAAUUACAGCCAUAUCCGAUCGUGCCAAUUUUACUCUUUUGGCAAUGAAUUGGAAAGUUCUCGUUGGCAAAAAUUAAAAUUAUUCUUUAAGGAUCUCACAUUGCUUACCAUUUUAGACCUUGGAGGAAUUCCUGCACAUAGGAAAAUUACUCCAUAUGCGGAAGAUAUAAAGUGUCCGAGAGCAAUAGGAAGCCUAAUUUCCCUGAGGUUUUUAAGUAUUAGAGGUUCUAAUAUUCAAAGUUUACCUUCCUCUAUAGGCAACUUGGGAUUCCUUCAAACCCUAGAUUUAAGGGUACGGAGAUGGUGCAAUAUUUUAAGAAUACCCAAUGUCUUGUGGAGGUUGAAACAAUUGAGACAUCUAUAUCUUCCUUAUGGAAUCGAACUGUCUGGCAUAAGUAAGUUGCGAUUUGAUGGUUUAAGCAAAUUGGAGACGCUAAAAAACUUUAAUGCAAAGGAUUGUGAUGUCAGAUGCUUAUCUAAACUAACAAAUCUUCGAAAAUUCAGUGGUGAUGUAGCCCCCAAAGACUUGGUCGUGAUGUUGAAAUCCCCAAUCCUCAACAAUUCAAACUGUCUUUUGCAAUAUUCAUCCUUCAAGAUAAAUGGAGAUUUCCGAACGGGAGAAGAACAAAGCCUUUUAAGGCAACUUUUAGGAUGCCACCAUCUUCGCCAGCUUAUAUUGUUGGGGUCCCUGAAUCUUAAUAAAUUUCCAGACCAAUUCCCUCCAAAUCUCACCCUGUUAAUCUUGGGGCAAACUAAACUAGAGGAAGACCCAAUGCCAACAUUGGAGAAGUUGCCCAACUUAAGGACUCUCGACUUCAAUUAUAAUUCCUACCUUGGGAAGAAGAUGGUUUGUUCUUCUGCACCAACAACAACAGCACCAUCCAGCAGCAGUGGUGGAGGUGGAGGAGGAGGAGGGGGCUAUGGCGGCUGUGAUGGUGGAGGUUUUCCAAAACUCAAAUCUUUACAGCUCUGGUAUCUUAGUAACUUGGAGGAGUGGAGGGUGGAACAAGGAGCCAUGCCCUGUCUCUUCCGUUUAGUAAUUCGUGGAUCCGAAAAAUUGAAGAAGAUUCCUUAUGGAUUGAGAUUCAUUACCACCCUCCAGGAAUUGGAGAUCAAAAGGGUAUCUGAAGCACUAAGAGAAAGGGUUAGAGAGGGAGGAGUAGACUUCUACAAAGUCCAGCACGUGCCUUCCAUCUCAAUUGAUUGAGCUGUCUUCGAUCUUACAACAUUUACAUCAGAUGGAGGGCAGCAAAGAUAUCCAGGUGGUGGCAGCUACAUGGUUUUUGGAUUUUUGUUAUCUCGCACAAUCUUUUCAUUCAUGCCAAUUAUCUAUACAGCCACGGAGUUUGCUUACAGCAGCGUUUUCCUUAGCCCGGUUUGCAGCAUUUCCUUGCAUCUCUUCUUCUCAUGGAGAGGCCUACUUCUGAUAUUGAACGAUCCUACUUGGCAGCCUCUAGUCAAUCUGCUGUUAGCUUUGUGUCAAUUAUGUUACCUCUAGUGGUGUUUUUUGUUUUUGCUCAAGUGUUUGCAACACUUAUUCAUGUUGUUGGUUGUUUCUUGAACUGUGUUAUUUUUUGUAUGUAUUAAAGAAUGAAGUUCUUUUCUUGUGCCAAAAAAAAAAAUAAAAAAAAAUACAAUACUGUGGAAUCCUAUGUUUUGGUGGGUGUCAUAACACACCUAACACUUUUUG